AUGGCAGCUAUUCCCCGAUAUAAGCCUGCUGCGCCUUCCGUUUUAAGGAUAGACGAAACCGCAUUCCUGAUUGUGGGCGAAUGUGACAGGCUCUGCGCUGCUGCUGAUGCUGGAUUUGCGAUGGAACACGUGGAUUGGAAGGCGCAUGACGUGGCAGCGGGGACGCUCCUAGAGGCCGAGAGAGAAGAGAAGGAGGAAAUCGCGGAAGGGGAUGCGGACGGGAGGGCGGAGAAGGCGGCGGAGGGUGCGGAAGGAGCGGGAGGGACGGGGGGCCCGGGGGUGGUGGCGAGCGCUUGCAUGCGCGUCUUGAUGGUAUCGACGGGGAACAUCGCCAUGUGCUCCACCAUGCCUGGCGGGCGGGAAGGUGGAGCACUAGCGAGUGGAGUGUCUCACAGCUGGAUAGCCGCUAAUUCUGUGCAUAGACGAGGAAAUCUGCCUACCAGGAACUACGCCAUGGCUCCAGAAUGCGGUGAGCGGUCACAGGAGUACAGGAGAACUCAGACGAGCAGCCCCGCGAAACGACCACGAAAAUGUCCCAGCGAGUUGUCACUAGCGUCGCCUCUCUCCGAUCUCCGUCUCGACGACGCCAGCGACGCCGCGCAGCCUUCGACGACGCCGUGCUGCGACGCCGUGUUUCCGGAAUGCACGGCGCGCCUCGAUGAUUACUUCUCACUCUGCGACGAGCCAAUCGGCUCUGGUCAUUUCGGCGUCGUCCGUCGGUGCGUCAACAGGGCAACAGGCGAGGUGCUCGCGUGCAAGACCAUUCUGAAGGACCGACUCCUGACGGAAUCAGCGAGGGAGGACGUGCGGCGCGAAGUGGCGAUAAUGCAGACCGUUGCGGGGCACCCAGGCGUGGUGCAGCUUCGAACAGUGUUCGAAGAUGAAUCAGAGAUUCAUCUCGUAAUGGAACUGUGCGAAGGCGGCGAAUUGUUCGAUGAAGUCGUGCGGCGAAAGAGGUUACCAGAGAAAGAGGCCGCGCUGAUCUUUCGUCAGAUUGUAUCGGCCGUUGCGUUCUGCCAUUCCCGCGGCAUUGUGCAUCGCGACCUGAAGCCGGAAAACAUUCUCCUCCGCCGCUCACAGCCGUCCCAUACCGGGACUUCGCCGACGCCCCCUCAGAACCCCUCCCAGCUGUUCGCGAAAGUCGCGGAUUUCGGCCUCGCGGUGCAGAUCGAUCGGGAAACCAGGGCGUGCGGCAUUGCCGGUUCCCCAUUCUACAUCGCACCGGAGGUGCUGAGCGGCGAGUACGGCGCGGAGGCGGACGUGUGGUCGCUGGGCGUGGUGCUGUACGUGCUGCUGAGCGGCAGCCCGCCGUUUUGGGGCGCGGACGACAACGGCGUGUUCCGCGCCGUGCUGGAGGCGCCGCUGGACCUGACGAGCGGCGCGUUGGCGGGGGUGUCGGCGGAGGCUAAGGGGCUGCUCCGCUGCAUGCUGCACCGCGACCCGCGCCGACGUCCCUCCGCCGCCAAGCUGCUCUCUCACCCCUGGAUCCUCGUCCACGCCUUCGGCGGCCGCGUCGUGCGCAAGAUUGUGUCGCGGCAGGUCAUGGCGUCUGCUGUUGCGGGAUCAGCUGGAACGACUCAGAAGAACCAAGUGACUGGCGGAGCAGUGAGGGAGGACGGAGUCGCGAACCUGCCUGUCUUGAAAAUGUCAGCAUAA